AAAAGGAAAAGCCCCGACAUCACCUGACUCACUCUCUUACCACGUCGCUGCGUACCUGAGCGCGUGCGUUACCUGUAUAGUCGCGCGCCAUGGGAUUGGCUGUUGGCUCCGAGGGGUUGGAGUGAACGGGAAUUAUGUCCGUACUUGGACACGGUAGUUGUUAUCACAACAACUAGCCCAGCGCUAUGACAUAGCCUGCUUAAAACAUUACAAAUAAUCUUCUAGCGAACACAGAGACACUGGCAAGGGCUGGUAAAAAGCCACGAUCACAGCCAGGACCUUAAAGACUGUUUUACUUACAUGUGUAAAAAUCACCCUUAGCAUCCAUGGUAUCUCAAGAGGAGCAGAAUGCCCAGCCAAGGCCCCAGGUGCUGUUUGUGGGAGUCAAGGACAGCAAAAGGCUCCUGGAAACCUAUGUAAAGAGAAGCCUAAGCCUUAACGAGGGCUCACAACCUUCACUUAGAAGAGACCGGAGACAAGGCAAAUGGGUCACUGCAGCAGAGCGGGAUAAAAGAGAGCGUAAACAUUCCAGCGAUAUAUCUCUCCACAUUAAAGGCUUAGGCUCAGAGGAAGACGUUAAUGAAGAUGGGGCAUUCUCAGAACCAGAAACUGAUAGACACUCUCAGGUAGAAAGUGAAAACACUGGCAACAUAACAAAACGAUGGAAAAAGAAAAUAAGUUUUAGCGGAAAAGAUGGAUCUUCUGCAUCUUGUACCUCUGAUGGGAAUCCUCAGAAAUCAGUUGCGCAUUUUGAAAAAGAUGUUGAUAGACCACCAAAUAUACCCCCUCAUCAACCUCAUCCUUUAGCCUCAGAGGAGGAUCUUAAAAAGGUUAAAGAAAAUUCUGAGCCAAUAGCAGCAAGUGAAACUUCUGAUAAAUAUAAACGAUGGAAGAAAAGCUCUCUUAGCAGAAAAAAUGGCUCCUCUGCAUCUCAGAGUUCUGAUGGAAAACCUCGAAAAUUGUUUUUGCAUUUUGAUAAAGACAAGCGAGAUGGUAGAGUAUCUUGUGAAACUGAUGUCAAAUCAGAUUUAGGGAACCUCAAAACUGAAGACUUAAUAACCGCCCAACCUCAGCUAGAGAGUUUAACCGAGGUUAAAAAGGCCAAAGAGCUCAAAAAGAAUAAAAAGCGUUCAAUAUGGAAAAGUGUUCUGGGAUGGUUCUCCAGAGGAAACACUGACAAACAAGAUGAACAAGAUGAUGAUGAUGGGAGAAAUGAAGAAGAACUUCCUUCUCCCGAACCUCCAACUCCCCCACUUUCCUGCCUGCCCAUCUCUACUGGUGAUGGCGUCAUCCUGCGCCACAGCAAGUCCCCUAAGAAAAGGCGAUCUGUGAGGAAGUCCUCAUUAAAAAGACGCAGCGGGGACAUGGGCCUGAAUAAGAUAACUGUGCGCCCACUUACUUUAGACCUAUCUACUGAGGCUCACAAUUCUCAGGUCCAAUCAAUUGUAGAAGUAGAGGCCACAAGUUCCUAUUAUGAAAAAAUGUCAGAAGAGCUGGAGAAGAUUGUGAAUGAGGUAAAAAACAGUCCGCUAGAAGAAAACAAAUCCUUCACUGAUUCAGUUCAGCCUGCAGACCCAGAAGUCUCAUCCAGGUCUCAAGAGGAAACUAUUAAAAGAAUAAUUGAACUGAUAAAACAGGAAGGGGAUUUUAUAAAUGAUAAGCUAAUAGGAAAUACUAUCAUUAGUUCCUACCUCAACAACUAUGGCUUCUUCCAACAAUUAGCAGACCAGUAUGUAAAUUCUGAAGUCCCACAACAGACAACACAACCACCUGUUGUAGCUCCAGAGCUGGUGAAGUUUGCCUUCACACUUGACUUCACAGCAAGAGUGGCUGGUCUAUCUCGCCAUGCUCCAGGACAUAUCCUCGGCUUUGGGAACCAGUACCUCAAGGACCGUUUUACUUACAUGUGCGAGAGUCACCCUUACAUCAGUGAUAUAACUGUAGAGGAACAGAUAAAAUUAAAGGACAGUACAAACAAAAAUGAAUGAUUUGGAGUCCAUGCAGAAGGCAAAAUCAAAAGCUGGCUUCUGAACCCCAUAUACCAAAACAGUACGCUAUGCAGACUCAACCAGCAUAAGGAAAUACAAAUUAUUAGAGGGAAUUGUUUUCUGUUACUUAGUGGAUCAUCAUUCUGCACAGAACUAUUCUAUCAGUAGAAUUUAGCAUGUGAAAUGACCUUUACCACAUGGUUCUGAUCAAGCUUAUCAGGCAAGAAAAGGCACUGGAGGGCCAGUUUCCAGCACAGUUUAUAAUUUACCAACACCUAAACAGAUCCACUGAACCUGGUAAUGAACAAAUUGGUUGAAUUAGCUGCAUUUGAGCAGAAGAAUCACGCAAAUGUGCUGGACACUGGCCUUCCAGUAAACACUAUGUACUGUAGCCAAUGAAUUUUACCCUAAAGCUAUACUAUCACAGGUUAUUAUAUUAUUAUUACUUUUAUAAUUAUUAUUAAUAUAUUAACCUUAACAAAUGUUAAUGAUUUAUGUAAGCAAAAAACUUCAUAACCAUUAUAAAAUAUUUUGUAAAAGUGUAUGCUGGCAUACACACUGUAUUGUAAAUUUAUGAUAAACAGAAAUAAAUUAUAAAUAUAUAUUCAUGUGAUUAAAUGUAUUGUGUAUUGAUAAAUUCUCUAGAUUUGUUUCAUGAUACAAAAGCAGUUAUUCAUUUUGUUUAAUGUCUUAUGUACAUAAAUAAAGAAUAGUUGGAAGCUCCCCGAAGCCAAGACAUACCGUAGUGAAACAUGUCUAGUAAUAUCAAUCUGUAAUAACAAAAUUCCUUUCCUGAAUGUCUAAAAACACUGGGAGAGUUACAGAACGUACCUGUUUAGCAAGCCCAAAUCAAAAAGUAAAAGCAAAAAUGCUUUUUUUAAAUGAUGUGUUAUGUGUUAGGUCAUUCAACAGAAACUUGUGCUACACUGAACAGUAAUAAAAAAGAAAAGAAAAAGUUCAACCCUACAACUUUGAACACACUGCUUACCCAAAUUAAAUUUUAAAUAAAUAAAUAAACAAAAACAAACAUUAAAAAAGGUUUGGUCUAGACACACACACACAGUCUUAUCUACUGUACUUGGCCACAGCCACAAAGUGCAGGGUCCAUCACAGUAGGCCUGUAUCUGAUCGAUCAGGUGUUAAGUUUUCUUAACAGCUUACAGAUGCGCUGGGUUUGAGGCAAAACACUUAUUUUAAUGCACUAAUUAUAAUGCAUUAUCUACCAAGUUUGAGGUCUUUUUAUUAUUAUUAUUAACUUAUCACAAGAUCAUAACCUAUUUUUCUUGUCAUCUCCCCAGAUGAAAUACUUUUCUUAAGAUCAUAAUUUUCUAAGGAGAAAAACAUUUCCUGAGAUCACA